AUGGAUAAAUUAUUAUCAUCAAUAAAGAAAAAACGUAAUGAACUUCAAGAAUUAAAAGGUGAUAAAAAAUGGUUAAAAAGAUCAGAUGAAUUUGAAAAAAGGAAAUUAGAAGUACAAGAACAAAUUAAUAAACAAAAUCAAAUUAAAAAAAAAUUAAUUGAUAAUAAUUUCAAAAAGAUUGAAGAAUUUUAUGAAACUAAUGAAAAUAUAAAUAUAAAUAAUAAAAUAAAAGAUAUACCAAUAGAAGAAAUUAUAAAAAGAUUACGUAAAUUAAGACAACCAAUUUUAUAUUUUGGUGAAACACAUAAUCAAAGAUGUAAAAGAUUAUUUGAACAAGAAAGUGAUAUAGUUGAUUUAGAAUCAAAUCAAAAUAUAUAUGUCGAUACUAUUAUGGGAAGGAAUAAUUAUUUAAUUUCAAAAUAUAUUAAUAAAAAUCAAUUACAAAUUGAUUUUUUUAAUGAUUUUACUGGUUUAAAAGAAGAUACUAAACAUUACAAUACACAUUUUGCUGCUCCUCGAAAGGGAGCUAAAAAUACACUUUUACUACUACCGGAAAGGGAGCUAAUUCUACCCUUAUGGAAUGUACCCCUGGAAAGGGAGCUAAUUUUACAGCCACGGAAUGUACUACUACUAAUAGUACUAUUAUUGAAGAAAAUACUAGUACCAAAAUUGCUGCACCUAAAGUACCUACUGGACCUUUUGGUACUAGGUUCGAAUCCCACUCCAGUACUACUAAUAUUAAGAGUACUAAUAGUACUAUUACCCGUGGACCAGUCACCAAUAUAUAAAUGGAUAAGUAUGAAAUUGAAUGAAAUGGAAGAAGAAAUGAUGAAGAAGAAAUUGGAAUUAAUAAAAGAAGGAAAAGAAUUUGAAAUAAAGAAAAAUGAAGCGACAUUAGUCCAGACGAAAAAAGAUAUAAAACCAUUAUUAAAAUUAAUAAAAUUAAAUAAAUUGGAUGAAGAGAUUUUAGAGAAAAUGUAUAAUAUAAUUAUAUCAUGUGAUGAAGGAAAUUAUAAAAAAGCAUAUGAUAUUUAUAUGUUAUUAGCUAUAGGUAAUGCAGCAUGGCCUAUGGGUGUAACAAUGGUUGGAAUACAUGAACGUGCUGGAAGAUCUAAAAUCUAUACAUCUGAAGUCGCACAUAUACUUAAUGAUGAAACUACUAGAAAAUAUAUACAAAUGUUCAAAAGACUUAUUACAUUCUCACAAAACAAAUUUUUAAAUCAAAAUAAUUAA